AAACAUGAUGAAAUGAUGUUGUCAAUUUCUAGAACAUUUCGUGCUUUUAAGAAAUCUCUUCAAAUUCUUGAUCAUUACUAUGGCCAAGUUGAUGAGCAAGCUCAAAAAAACCCUCGAACAGUCCACCCUGAGCAUCCUUUAUUCCCUGAAGUAACAAUUGAUAGAGAAUGUUAUAGCGUUCAGAUUAUUCGCCAUAUUGACGGUUAUCUUCUUUGGGAAGCUACUCUUUCUAACGAACAAGGGUCACCUAAAAAAGUCUACAUAAAGGCUAUUCAAAAGUGCAAAUAUUCACUUAAUACACAUCAGCUCUUAGCAGAAGCUGGAUAUGCUCCAAAAGUCCUUGCUAGUUCAAUUAUUCCUGGAAAUUGGCUUUUGGUUUAUAUGGAAUACUUGGACAAUCAUUCGACGUUAAAUCGCGUCGCCUUUAAUCUUAAUGAUCAAGAUCGAAAUUCUUUAAGAGUGAAAAUCGAAAAGAUGGUUGAACAUUUACAUAAUUUGGAACAUGUACAUGGAGAUUUGCGUGAAGGAAAUAUUCUAAUUCGUCGAUUUGAAAACAAUGAUUUUGAUGUGAAAUUGAUCGAUUUUGAGUGGUCUGGAGAGGUUGGUUCCGCACGUUAUUCUCACUUUAUGAAUCAUGUUCAUAUAAAAUGGCCAGUUGGUGCAGAAGAUGGGAAAUUAGUAACAAAAACUCAUGAUCUUGCCAUGUUGAAUCAGACGCUUUGGAGAACAGGCUUAUUGCAAGAUCCAAUGGAAUAA